CAUGGCAAUGUUAAUUUAAUAUGAAAUUUUAUGUUGUAUACUGUUGUUAAGGUCCAUAUGUCCUAAUCUGCUCGUAUUGUGUGGUAGUUUUCACACUGGUGCUUUCGCUAGCUGGUUAACUAGCUUGCUGAGUUUGCUAGCAAAGAGUUAUCGGACCAUCAUCCAGGCAAGGAAAAUGGCUUGUGAGCCUAACCGAGCGCGUUUAUUAUGCAUGCUUUCAUUGACUUUUGGAUUUUUCAUUGUGGAGGUGGUAGUUAGCCGGAUAACGGCGUCCCUAGCAAUGCUGUCGGACUCCUUUCAUAUGCUAUCAGAUGUCAUAGCAUUGGUUGUGGCUCUGGUCGCCGUGCGAUUCGCGGAGAAGACACAAGCUACUAAUAAGAACACCUUCGGAUGGAUCCGAGCGGAGGUAAUGGGUGCCCUGGUUAAUGCUGUUUUUCUUACCGCUCUCUGCUUCACCAUCAUUUUAGAGGCAAUUGAGCGAUUCACGGAGCCGCAUGAGAUUGAAAAACCUCGGGUAGUAAUUGGGGUUGGGGCGGCGGGACUGCUUGUGAACCUACUCGGUCUUUGCCUGUUCCACGGGCACGCAGGAGGUGGACACGGCCACUCUCACGGAGGUCACUCUCACGGAAAUAAGAAAAACAAGAGGGGGAAAAUGUCGAAGUUCGAAAAGCCACCCGGCAGUUCUUCGGGCGAGGAGACCAACAACUUGGUGGGCAAUCACAGCACCAGUCCGAAUGGCGUAAUUACGGAGAGGCGAGUGAGACGUGAGGUUUCUCGUGAGGACAGUCUGGAGGUGCAGAUGAACGGGAACGCCCCUUACGAGGAACUGGAGAACGCCCACGACUCCGCCUCCCAGCUGAACAUGCGCGGCGUCUUUCUGCACGUGCUGGGCGACGCCCUGGGCUCGGUCAUCGUGGUGGUCAACGCCCUCAUCUUCACCUUCGUGUGGCAGCCGUGCGAGGCCGGCGCGCCUUGCGUCAACCCCUGCACCAACAGCCACUGCACCGACCACCAGCACGUCAACCACACCCUGCUGGGCCUGAUGGAGGGCGACGAGCCUAACGCCACGGACCCGGGGGGCCUCGGCCUGACGCGGGCGGGGCCCUGCUGGGUGCUGUACCUGGACCCGACGCUCUGCAUCAUCAUGGUCUGUAUCCUCCUCUACACCACGUACCCGCUGCUCAAAGAGUCCGCCCUCAUCCUGCUGCAGACCGUGCCCAAGCAGAUCGACAUGCACCGGCUGAACGAGCGCCUGCGCGGCGUGGACGGCGUCCUGGCCGUGCACGAGCUGCACAUCUGGCAGCUGGCGGGCAGCCGCAUCAUCGCCACGGCGCACAUCAAAUGCCACGACCCCGCCACCUACAUGGACGUGGCCAAGCGCAUCAAAGGCUUCUUCCACGACGAGGGCAUCCACGCCACCACCAUCCAGCCCGAGUUCGUCACCGUCAACUCCGAGUCCCGCGGCUCGCUCUGCGAGCUGUCCUGUCGGACGCAGUGCGCCCCCAAGCUCUGCUGCGGCGCCGUUGACGCCGGCAAACAGACGGCCGCCGGCGCCGAGGGGAGAGUCGCCGCGGCAACAGCCGCGGUUCCCGCGACGACCCUGGAGGUCAUCAGCGAAUCACAGGAAAACGCGAACAAGGAUCAGAUGCCCAACGUUCAGGUGGUGGUGCGGUCUGAGCCCCAGGUGAUGGUGACGAGAGAGGUGGAGUCAUCGCUGUGAGA